AUGAACCUCCCUUCGAAGGAAUUGGAUGAAUUCUAUCGGUAUUUCAGGAUAUCCGGCAUGGCGCACUGUCGCGAUGGCACUGGUGCUAGCAUGAUCGGCGGUAACCCUGAGACUUUCACCUCCUACGACCCAGAUGCCAAUGUACUGGCGGCGAUUGUGCGCUGGGUUGAGGAGGGUGUUGCACCUGAUUUCAUUCUUGGUAGCCGCUUGACGGCCUCCGGGGAGGUCGAUCUGCAGAGGAAGCAUUGUAAAUAUCCUACAAGGAACGUGUUCAAGGGACAAGAAGAUCCCGCGAAGCCGGAUGGGUGGGAAUGCGUUUAG